GCUCAGGAAGCCAAGGCCUCUGAGGAAGUUGAAGCGCUGCGGAGACACUUGGCAGAAAAAGACACUGAGGCUGCGGAGGCUAGAGAAAGUGCAAAAGCAGAGCUUGCGCGGCAAAACGAAGCGCAGCAGAAAGCGUUGGACGAGCAGGAGCAAAAGCACAAAGCAGAAGAGCAGCGACUGAGGGAGGAACACGACAAUGCGAGCAAAGGGCUCAGUAAUGACCAUGAUGCGAAGCACGCAGCCCUCGAUGCGGAACUUAAGACUGUACUUUUUCACUACCUAGUACUACUUUUUGUUCGGACGAUGAAAUAAUUCCGCUUAGAGAAGGAGAAGGACUUCUGCAUUCUGAUGUGCUCGAGUUAGUGUUCAAGCAAAAGAUCGAUCAGAAUCAGAAAGGAAAUUCAAGAAAACAAGAUGAACGUGAAGUAGAUGAAUAUGAGUACUUGUGGUGCUAGAACAAGUAUUUAUUCAAGUUCAACAUCACCCGUACGGAGAACGGUUAGACAAGCAUAGUGAAAAACUCAGCCCGGCUAAUCAACGCGGUGCGCAAGUCAACGAAUUGCAGAAAAAGUACUUCUAGCUAUAUGCAUCCAUGAUAUAGACAUAUUUUCUGUCUUGUUCGCCUAUGCAUCAUCCUCAAUAAUUGAAGUGUAACGAUCUUUACUCCUUGCCCGUCUCUUUCGUUAUCGUUUUCGUCACGGUCUUGAUGUUGAUCUUUAUUAUUCUACUUCGUUAGACGAGAAAAGCCCGAUUCCUUGACUCGCUCUCGCAUUAGGUUAGCCGCUGCAACACAGAGCCUCGAGGAUAUUAAGCGAACAACCACCAGUCACGAAACGGACUUCGAAGAGCGACUUCAAGCGGAAAAAGCGAAAGCGAGUUCAUUGUACUUUUUGAUUUUCUCUUUGGUUUUUCUCUUUGUCUGACUUAAUUCUAUGUUGUAGUUCUCGAUGGUGAAGAACAUGAAGUAGAAGUACCUUCAUGUCCAUCGCUGUUGUCAGUGCUUCUGAGGUACGUUUUUAUAAGCAAAUUGCUCGCGACCGCGACGGCCAGGACCAUUCACCACAUCUCCAACACUGGUUUUCGAAAAAUUGACCUACUAUGCUUUCCACUACGAAUCAGGCGAGCUGAAAAGGCUGAGCUCAGUAACGCAGAAAGGAACAUGAAGCAGGAGUUGACGACGCUGAAGGGUACGCUGAAAAAAGCGACUGAUGACCUGGCUCAAAAAUCG